GACUCCGGCUCCGAUCCCAGUCCCGGUCCCGACGCCUGUGCCGGAACAGGCGCCGACGCCGGCCCCGGCCACGGCCCCGGCUGCCGCGCACAGCCAGCCGGUUCCCAUGCAGAUUUCACCGGCCCAGGCCCAGCAAAUGGCCCAGGCCCAGUCGCAGCAACUCUCCCAGUUCCAGGGCCAGAGUGAACAGCAUGCUCACCAUCUCGCUCAAGCCCACCGCGCACAGCAGCAAAUCGCAGAGGCGCAGGCUCAAGCACAGGCUCAGGCCCAAGCCCAAGCUCGUGCCCAGGCACAGCAGUACCUUCAGCAGCAGGCCCAGGCUCAGGCUGAUCAGCAGGCCCAGGCUCAGGCUCAGGCUCAGGCCCAACUCUACCUCCAGCAGCAGGCUCGGGCUCAGGCUCAGGUGGAGCAGCAGGCACAGGCCCAGGCCCAGGCCCAGGCCCAGGCCCAGGCCCAGCAGCUUGCACAGCAGCAGCUCGCACAGCAGCAGUAUCAGCUUGCGCAGCAGCAACAGCAGCAACAGCAACAGCAGCAACAACAACAACAGCAGCAGCAGCUCGCCCAGGCUCAAGCCCAGGCUCAGGCCCAGGCUCAGGCCCAGCAGUCGGCGCAGGCCCAGCAGUCGGCGCAGGCCCAGCAGUCGGCGCAGGCCCAGCUCCAGCAACAGCUCCUCCUCCGCCAGCAGCAGGCCCAACUCCAGCAAGUUCUUCAGACGCCCGGUGUGACUCAGGCGCAGAUCCAGCAGCUGCGCCUUUUGCAUUAUCAGCAGCAGCUUGUCCUCCAGAAGCAACAGGCGCAGGCGCAGGCGCAGCAAUCGUCGCAGCAGACUCAUGCAACCCAGUACCAGUCUCAGCUCCAGGCGCAGAUGCAGGCGCAAGAGGCCCAGCGUGCCCAAGCCGCGGCGCGCCAGGCUCAGCUCCAGCUCCAACUCCAGCAGCAGCAGGCUCAGCGACUGCAGACCGAGCGCCAGGCGCCGCCGGUUCCGGUUCCGAUCCCGUCAAGCGGCCACUCUGCAGCGAGCCAGCACGGCUCGUCGUUUGAGACCAAGCCGAUCCUGCCGACGUCGUCGACCGGGCGGGCGCCAAUUCUGGCAAGCUCGCUGGCGGCGGCGGCGGCGGCUGGCAAAAAGAGAAGAAGUCCAAGACAAAGAAGAAGAAGAAGAAGGCCAAGAAGGCUGCCGCUGCCGCCGCUGCUGCUGCCAAGAAGGAAGAAGGAGGCGCGCGGUUCUCGCGGACGGGGCGCGCACAGCGCUCGUCCCGCAAGGUGUACAAGACGUACUUUGACUCGUUCUCCGAGUCUUCGUCGGGCUCGUCCAGCUCGUCUGGCGACUCCAGCUCGUCGGACGACUCGAGCUCAAGCUCGAGCUCGUCUAGCUCGUCGUUUGGCGCCGCCCGGCGGCGCAAAAAGUCGACAACGGCCAAGCGGUCCAAGAAGAAGGGCCGCGGCGCCAAGACGGCGUCGAAAAAGUACGCAGCGAUCGAGCCGUCGUCGAUGAUGGCCGAGUCGCGGAUCCAGCACAUCCUCGCCCGGCGCCAGCAGUCGGACAAGCUCCAGGCCGAGCUCAAGGCGCUGCGGACGCAGCAGAUCCGGGCCGGCAUGACGCCCAAGUCGCCCGAGAAGCCGUUCAAGGCGCCGCCGCCGCCGCCGGUCGGCGUCGAAGGCCCUGACGACGAGGAGUUCCUUGUCAAGUACGAGGGCAAGUCGUACCGGCAAGUCGAGUGGGUGCCCAAGUCAGCAAUCAUUGCCCUCCGCAACGGCAAGACGCGGCUCCGCAAGUUCUACCAGAAGGAGCACGAGAUGAUCCUCAAGUCGAUGGGCGAGUACUUUGACCCGGCAUACGCCGAGGUCGAGCGCGUCAUUGCGCACGACACCGUCAUCCAGGCCGAUGGCCGCCGCUCGACCAUCUUCCUCGUCAAGUGGUGCAAGCUCUCGUACUCAGAGGCGACGUGGGCGUACGAGGACGAGGUCGAUGACGCCGACGCCAUUGCGCUGUACUGGGAGCGGUGCAAGGUGCCGUCGCAUCUCGAGCUCCAGAUUGCGCGCAACUACGGACGCCAUCUCCCGUUCAUCCCCGACCGCGAGUCGCGGACGUACAAGAACGGCAACACGCUGCGCUCGUACCAGGUCGAGGGCGUCAACUGGCUCUCCGCCAAGUGGCACGAGGGGACCAACGCGAUUCUAGCCGACGAAAUGGGCCUUGGAAAGACUGUCCAAGUCGCCGCCACCAUCAACUACCUCUACGAGGUCCAGAAGCAGCGCGGCCCGUUCAUUGUUGUCGCCCCGCUCUCCACCAUCCGCCACUGGCAGCGCGAGUUUGAGGGCUGGACGAACAUGAACUGCGUGGUGUACCACGGGCUCGGCGACGCCCGCGCCCACAUCCGCCAGCACGAGUUCUUUUACAAGACCGAGUACGGCAAGCCGAUCAAGACGCUCCUCAAGUUCAACGUCAUGGUCACCACCUACGAGAUGAUCAUUGCCGAUGCCGAGUACCUCCGCGACCUGCCGUGGCAGUACCUCGUUGUCGACGAGGCCCACCGUCUCAAGAACGUCAACUCGAAGCUCAUGACCGUCCUGGCCGACUUUAAGUUCAAGCACAUCACCCUCCUUACCGGCACGCCGCUGCAGAACAACAUGGAGGAGCUUUGGUCGCUGCUGUAUUUUCUGGACCCGCCCCGCUUCCGCUCGCUCGACGACUUUAUGGAUCGUUACGGCCACCCCGAGGAGAAGCCCGAGCAGCUUGACCAUCUCCACGCCCUCCUUGCUCCGCUCAUGCUCCGCCGCCUCAAGAACGACGUCGAGAAAAACAUCGCGCCCAAGGAGGAGACCGUCAUCGAGGUCGAGCUCACCGGCAUCCAGAAAAAGUACUACCGCGCGGUCAUGGAGCGCAACUUUUCGUUCCUCACCAAGGGCGGCAAGUCGACCAACGUGCCGAACCUGCUCAACGUCAUGAUGGAGCUCCGCAAGGUGUGCAACCACCCAUACCUCAUCAAGGGCGCCGAAGAGUCCGAGACCGAAAACCUCUCGACCAUCAACGAGAAGUUCGAGGCCCUCAUCAACGCCUCGGGAAAGAUGGUUCUCAUCAACAAGCUCCUGCCCAAGCUCAAGGCCUCGGGCCACAAGGUCCUCAUCUUUUCGCAGAUGACCCGCGUCCUCGACAUCCUCGAGGACUACCUCUACUACAAGGGUUACAAGUACGAGCGCCUCGACGGCUCUGUCCGCGGCUCGGUCCGUCAGCAGGCCAUCGACCGUUUCUCCGCCAAGGACUCGGACCGCUUUGUCUUUAUCCUCUGCACCCGCGCCGGCGGCGUCGGCAUCAACCUCACCGCCGCGGACACUGUCAUCAUCUACGACUCGGACUGGAAUCCGCAGAACGACCUCCAGGCCCAGGCUCGCUGCCACCGUAUCGGCCAGACCCAGCAGGUCAAGGUCUACCGCCUCAUUACCCGCAACACGUACGAGCGCGACAUGUUCGACAAGGCCUCACGCAAGCUCGGCCUCGAUCAGGCCGUCCUCAUGAAGAUGAAGGGCGACCGAAGCGGCGCGUCGGCCUCCAAGAACUCGGAGGUCUCGGUUCGCGAGGACGUCGAGCGGCUGCUCAAGAAGGGCGCGUACGGCGCCCUCAUGGAUGAGGAAGACGACGAGGCUUCCAAGUUUUGCGAAGAAGACAUCGACCAGAUCCUCUCCCGUCGUGCCGUCGUCGUCCAGUCGACCUCGGACGAGUUCUCGUCCUUCUCCAAGGCCUCGUUCUCGUCAAACAACGACCAGUACGUGGACGACAUUGACAUCAACGACCCGGACUUUUGGACCAAGUUUGCCGAAAAGGCCAAGCUCAACACGGCCAACGCUGUUGAGCCCGAGAAAAACGCCUCGGACUUUAACAUGGACCUCAUCAUCUCGGGCACCCGCCGCCGCAAGGUCCGCUCCAACGCCGCCAUUCAUGCUGCGACCGACGACUACUCGGACGACGAAGACUACGGCGUCGAGCGCUCGCGCGGCCGCAAGAGCUCGCGUGGGCGCGGACGCGGCCGUGGCCGUGGGCGCGGCCGUGGCCGUGGCCGUGGCCGUGGCUCGCGCACUGGUACCGGCCGCGGUGGUAAGCGGUCCGGCAAGGGCUCGCGCAGCUCCGAGAACGUGGCUUGGGGCAAGUCACAUCGCGCCAAGCUCCAGAGUGCGCUCCUCGCCAUCGGCUUUACCCGCUUCCCAGACAUGAAGGAGGGCUGGAAGCUCCGCCACUCGGUCGAAGAGAUCGAAAAGUACUGCACCGCCCUCCUCCGCCUCAUUGUGGACUACUGCGACUCGCCUGACGUCCAGUUCUUUGGCCUCGAGCUGCUCAAGGACGCCAAGACCUCGUACCUGCACAUGCCCAUUCCCAAGCUAUUCCAGGAGCCGACUUACGUCGCCUACCUCAAGCGCAAGGCCAAGACCUUCCUCCGCCGCCUCCGCAAGGUGCAUCUCGUUGCAGAGGUUGUCAAGUCGUUCCCCGACUCCCCGCUGGAGAAGCUCAAGAUCUACGACUCGCUCUGGGACGGCCGUAUCAAGGCUGACGUCCCGCCCGCAAAGUGGUGGACGCCGCAAGACGACCGCGCACUCCUCUACGGCUCGUACAAGCACGGCCUCAUGCGUUACGACCAGAUCCGCACCGACCCGGAAAUCGGAUUCGACUCGCGCGUCUACGUCGAGCCCUCGCUGAAGGGCCGGGCCGUCACAAAGUCUCGCCUCGAGGCCAAGGCCCGCGCCGCUGCUGCUGCUGCUGCCAAGGCCGCCCGCAUUGCUGCCGGCGAGGACGUCGAGGACGAGGAGGACGAGGAGGAUGAGGAGGAAGAGAAUGGCAAGGCCGGCGAGGACGCCGCCGGUGACGACGACGACGACGAGAACGCGCCAAAGUACACCCUUCCGCGCAAGGACGACGGCUCGGUGGACGUCAUGUCCAACUACGUCACGCCUGUGCCCGAGGGCCAGAAGCCGUUCCUCUUCCCGGCCUCGUCCGUCCUCUCGGAGCGGCUCAACCGCAUUCUCAAGCCGUACCUCGACGAGCGCCGCGCCAAGGUCGAGGCUGGCGGCGCCGAGCAGACCUCACGCAUGCUCGUUGCCGAAAAGGCGGCCAAGGAGGAGGAGGACCGUCGCCGCCGCAAGCGCUCGUGGCGUCGGCAGACCCGCAACGCGCUCGUCAAGGCUCUCCACCGCUUUGGCCUCCCGCUCCAUGUCAUGCACGGGACCGAGGAGCAGAUCCGCAACAUGCAGGAGGAGCGCGAGCGGCUGAUGGAGGCCAAGCGUAAGGCCGAGAACAUGCCCACGACCGAGCACGAGCGCGGCAUGGCGGCGGCCUUCCCCGGCCUCGCCGAGCAGCUGACGUCGGCGGGCCUCUCCGAGGACGGCGCCGGCGACGAGUACGACACGACACCGUUCCUGUACGAUCUCCGUCUCGACUCGACCGCCAUGAACAUCCAGAACGAGGUCGACUGGGACUCGCUCUUUGAGCUCGCAGGCAUCAAGGAGCUCUCGCCGGAAAAGAACUCGGACGACGUGAAGCGGUUUGUCGGCAUCUACCUCCGUCAGGCCCGCGCCACUGUCCGCGCCAAGCGCGAGCUCACCGAGGACGACCUGGUCACCCUCAAGAUCCCGGUCAUCCUCGACGGCUCGUCCAAGCCGGUGCCCACGCCUUCUGUGGCCGCCGCCUCGAAGCUCCUCGAGCGCAUCGAGUUCUUCCGCACCAUCCGCAUCGAGAUUCUGCAACACCCGCAACUCGAGGACUUUCUCAACAUCAUCUACCGCUCGACGGCCAUGCCUGGCUGGUGGAACCCUGCGCUGCACGACAAGCCCAUGCUUGAAGGCGUUUGCAAGCACGGAUUUGGCCACUGGUCGGCCAUGACCAACGACCCGGACCUUCCGUUCCUCGCCCUCAAGACCGCGUUUUACCAGGGCAUCGAGGACGUGGCCAACGGCAAGAUGGAGAACACCAUGAUCGGCGUCGACACCGAUGGCUCCAUCCUCUACGCUGCGCCCGACCUCGCCUCGCUCGUCGCCAAGUGGCCGUCGGACCUGCCCUCGGCCCAGCUCCCCACCAUCCUCAACCUCUCCGGCAAGCGCUUCCCCUUUGUGCGCGACAAGAUUGUCACUCUCCGCGUCAAGCUCUUCAAGUCGAUGCUCGCCAAGCCCAAGGCCGAGCGCGAGCGCCUCAUUGUGCAGCACGAGAGCAACAUGGUCUCCAAGCGCUCACAAGGCCUCUCGGCCGCCACCCGCCGCAAGAAGCUCCGCCGUUUCUUCUGCUACUUUGUCGACACCACAAAGUCACAGAAGACCGUCGGCUUCCGCCCGCCCGCUCCCGAGGUGCAGGGCGCACCUUCAGACGCGUUUGUCGCCGCCUCGGCCGGCCCCGACGACGAGCCGCCGGCAGAGGCCUCGGCCCGCAUCGCCAACGAGUACAAGGAGUGCUUCGCCGCAGCCGCCUCCGAGGUCGCCUCCAACGAGGCUGGACUCUGGCUCGUCUUCCGAUUCAAGCCCAAGCCCAAGCGGAAGCGCGCUCGCAAGCGCAAGCGCCCCGUCGGUGGCUCGCGCCGCGCUGCAGGCGCGGUCCGUCCCGUCCCGCGCGACGCCGCAGGCUAUCCCAUCCUCCCCGUCUCGCUCGGCUCGCUCACUGUUCACUCGCUCGGCUCGGUCGUCACCGACCGCUCGGCCUUCCACUCGUCGAGCUACAUCUGGCCCGUCGGCUACAAGUCGUCGCGCCUGUUCCCCUCGCUCAACGACACCUCACGCCGCGUCCCGUAUUACUCGGAAGUCGUCGAUGGCGGCACCGGCCCGCGCUUUGUCGUCACCCCGUCCGACAAGCCCGAGCUCGCCAUCACCGCAGACUCGGCAUCGGGCGCCUGGGGCGCCAUGCUCGCCGCAGUCAACCACGUCAAGUACCAGGGCACCGGCCGCACCCUCUCCAACUCGAUCUCUGGCCCGGUCUACUUUGGCUUCUCGGACCCCACCGUCAUCUCGCUCCUCCAGGCCCUGCCGGGCGUCGAAUCGCUCGCCAGCUACGCCAUGCGUGAUCCUGCCGGCGCCGACUCGGUCCCUGACACCGACGUCGUGUACGACAACACCUACGAGGCCUCGACUGCAGAGGGCGACGUCGCCGACGACGACGCCGACGACAUCAUCGAUGACGACGCCGACGACUCGGGCGACGACUCGGACCUCGACUCGGACCUCGACUCGGAGGAUGACGAUGACGACUCGGACGACUUUGACUCGGAUGACCUCUCAGAGAUCUCGGACCACGACUCGGACUUGGACGAUGACGGCGUUGCUCCCAUGGAUGUGCCCAAGCUCCGCGUCAACUUUUCAGGCAAGCCGUAGUGGCGUAAACGCGUUCGCAAUGUU